AUCCGCGCCAGAGAAACCCCACAUCACAGCAUUCGACUCGAGCAGGCAUGUCCACCAAGCGCACCUGUCCCGAGGCCGCGACGAUGCUUGGCCUUCCGCACGUCCUGAUCUCGAUCGUCCAGUGCUUGAGCUCGCCUCGCGAUGCCAUCGCCUUUCUUAUGACGCUGCCACCGGCGUCGCUGCAUGCGCCGCUGGCGGCGACCAAGGCGCUGCUGACGCAGUCAGGCCCGUUUGCAUACACGUGGCCGCACCUCAGCCUCGACGACCUCCAUAGCGAAUCUGCGGCACUUGCGCUUGAGGCGCUACCUGCUCUAUUAUCCGCGCUGGAACCAGAGCCCGACAGCAAUGUUUGGGCGACUUGCGACGGAGCCAUGUCGUUUGUCGACUUUGUCUCGUCGUGGCCACUCACGGUGACGCACAUCGACACACUAUGGCCGCGCAACAUCGACAGCACGAAUCUGUGCCGCUUGCUGCGUCGCUGCACGCGCCUCCGAUCCAUCGACAUUUCGAAUGAAGACAAAGAUGUGGUCGAGAUGCUCACCGCCGUGACGACGCCGGCCCAUCGAUUGAAAAAGCUGAGUGUUUUCUACCAGCGUGCUACUACCAUGGACUGGACGUCGCUGCUGCGACCAUGGCUCUCGAGUGGUUACGCGCGGCAUCUCGCAUUCGACAACACCCGAACCACCGAUAUGGAGGGACUCGCACGGGCCCUUGCGACCACGUCGUCGCUGACUGGCUUGGACAUCCUCAACAAUGACGAUUUGGUCGGUGCCUUCUUGACGCUGCAGAUGCCAUUGCACCAGCUGACCUCGGUGUACCUCUGGACACAACGGCAUGACCGCAUCCGACCUGUCUUGCAGCUUCUAAAUGUAACCAAGCUCACAUCGCUCGCCCUCAAUUGCAUGGCUACUGACUAUACGGACGUCCUCACGCUCGUGCCGCGCAUGACGGCGCUUCGUCAUCUCUUGUUGGAUUUUGGCAAGGUCUGUGAUCUCGACGCGUCGCGAUGGCCGCACCUCGAAAGCAUCGAAUUGAGCGUAGUCAACUGGACAUCGAAGGCGUUCGGUGCUCUGCUAAAGUACCUCGAGCGCGUCCAAGGCCUCCGCAAGCUCAAGUUGGACCACUGCGACAUCGUCUACGAUCACGUGGCGGACGUGAGUUUGGUGCUCCGUCGCUUGAUCUACAACGGUCUCACGCUGGCGAGCUUGAUCGGGACGGGUCUCGACGACGCGAGGGCGGCGACUCUGGCGCGGAUGCUGCGCCAAAGUCGAAAUCCGCUACCCGUGACGCUCCACCUCAAAGACAACGAAGUGACCAUCGGUGGCGUCCGCUGGCUGCUUAAAGCUCUCGCAACGUGCUCCUUUGUGCGCGUCGUCAUUGAUACCAUCAAACAUGCCGACCUUCACGCGGCGGCGGCGACUUAUGGCAUGGCCUGCGACAUGCACAAGAACGCGUGCAUGCUCUAUAGUCCUUUUACUAUCUCGUAAAACGCGUCUACCUACGCAGUACCACAAUCCGUACCAU